AUGCCACCUCGACCUUUCCCACAAGCACUCAGUAUAGGCACGGAUAUAUGCCACUACAUCCGCUUCCAAAAAUACUUGCCCAUCCACCAAGACUCUGCCUCGACUGCCACAGCAACUUCAUCUCAUGACCCUUUAUUCAAACUCUUCGACAAGUUCUUCUUGCCAGCCGAGCAACGUAUGUUUUGGCGCCGGUUCCGACCUUCUUCUUCUCCUACCUCAGACGCUGCUGCGUCAUUACCACAGCAAGGGUAUUGGGAUGCGACUGUAGCGGAUGAGGCAGCGAGGUAUAUUGGCGGCAGAUGGGCUGCCAAAGAAGCCGUGAUCAAAGCUUUCGCGGCAGAGAGGAGAUUGAUGCUCAGAGAUGUUAGAGUGCAGAGUGUAGGGAAAAGCAGACAACCCUUGGGGCUAGUGUUGGAUGAGAUCAAAGGUGUAAAGCAUGCUUCUGCCAAAGAGGUUUAUGAGGAGUUAGUGAGGCGGUGGGGGUUGCGUGAGGAGUUGAAAACGCUGCGACAACGGGGAGAAGAGGUUACUGCUGCUCCUGCUGUGGUUCCAAGCAAUCGGCUGCGCAUCAUCAAGCAAACGAAUUUGAAUCGAGCUACAGCGCGUGGUUUGGAGAUGGCGAAGAGAGCCAUGUCUCUGCGGCAAGACCAAAAGUCCUCUCCAGCACAACCUGCGGCUGCUGCUAUUACCACCACCACAACCAACCCUCCCAUCCUCUCCAAAUCCGGAAUCCUCGAUCUAUCCGUCAUCCACGAAAUCCUCCAACAAGACGAAGAAACUUCUACUACUUCAGCACCGUCGUCCUCAACUCUGACAUCAGAAGCAGACGCCAAAGACACAAGGACUCAAAUUGACAGCAGACGACAACGUCUCGAAGAAGAAGUCAUACAGAGUCAGGGGCGAGAACGGCGAGAAGAUGACUGGGACAGUCUGCAGGGGCAGAUUGUCAAGUUGAGCAUCUCGCACGAUGGCGAGUAUUGUGUUGCUACUGCUUUGGCUGCUGUGUAA